AUGUCCGACCCAGAAGAACACGAACUUGGGGCUCUUGACUCCGAUGUUGAUCUCGAGUUCGAAGACGAUGAAGAAGCUGGUCUAAACAAACAUGCUAAACGGAAAUAUCUGAGGCGCAAGAGGAGGCGCGAUGGGUUGGAUGCCCGGAUUGCAGGCGCAUCAGGUUUGUCUAAGGAUGAAGCCAGACAAGCAGACCAAAGUGUCAUACGCAACCUCCUGGUCAACGCGGUCUUUAUCAGCGGAUGGUAUUUCUUCUCUCUAUCCAUAUCCAUUUAUAACAAAUUCAUGUUCUCCUCCGACCACAUCGACUUCCACUUCCCAAUGUUCGCUACAUCUCUACAUAUGGUGGUCCAGUUCUGUAUGGCAUCAAUUAUCCUCUUGAUCUUCCCAUCAUUACGACCUACCCAACCACAACCACCAUCAUACCGAAACGAGUCGCAUCCCCCGAAACCUCUAGUAACACCCUUGUUCUAUUUCACCCGAUUGGUACCCACGGGCACCACUACAUGUCUGGAUAUUGGCCUCGGGAAUACCUCUCUCCGCUACAUUACCCUCACUUUCUACACCAUGUGCAAAAGCAGCGUUUUGAUUUUUGUCCUUACCUUUGCAUUCCUCUUCCGCUUGGAAAAACCCUCGCUCAAGCUGAUUCUCAUCAUCUUAACCAUGACUUUGGGAGUGUUGAUGAUGGUCGCGGGUGAAACCGCUUUUCACGCCCUGGGUUUCACUUUGGCUAUGUCCGCCUCAUUCUUUUCCGGUUUCCGAUGGGCAUUGACACAAAUUUUGCUCCUUCGACAUCCAGCCACGUCGAAUCCGUUCGCAACCCUCUUCUUCCUCGCCCCGAUUAUGUUUGUCACCCUUUUCACCAUCGCUUGUUUCUCUGAAGGUCCCACAGCCGUCCUGACGGGAAUUCAAAUUCUAAUCUCAGCCUACGGCAUUGCCAAAGCGCUGGGACUUUUGAUUGUUCCGGGCGUUUUAGCUUUCUGUAUGAUUGCUUCGGAGUUCACCUUACUCCAACGGACCAGUGUUGUCACUUUGAGUAUAUGUGGAAUCUUCAAAGAAGUGAUCACCAUCAGUGCUGCAGGCAUUAUCUUCCACGAUGAAUUGAGCCUGAUCAACAUCAGCGGCUUGUUGGUUACGAUAGUCAGUAUUGCCUGCUACAAUUAUCUGAAGAUUGUCAAGAUGCGACAGGAAGCUCGAGAGAAGGUGAAAAAGCGUGAUGACGAUAUUAAUGACACUGGGGGGUUUGAGGAGACUGUUUACGAUGCUGAUGACACCGACAAUCGCCCUGCGGAAUCAAAUGUGCCGGCAGAUUCGAUCCCUUUGAUGCGUGAUCAAGACGAUGGAUUAGACGACGGGGGAAAUGUUGGGAAUGGCGUUGCAUCUGGGUCUGGAGUUCCGUCCAAAAAUCGGGACGAUUGA